GGAAACAACUACGACCAUUAUUAACCCCACCCCCCGAUCUAGGGUUUCCUUACUUGCAUACCCCCGAUUUCACACACAUAUACCCACACAUACCCAUCUCUCUCUCCAUCUCUCUCUCUCUCUCUCUCUCUCCAUCUCUUUCUCUCUCCCUCUCCCUCUCCCUCUCCCUCCCUCUCUCUCUCUCUCUCUCCCUCCCUCCCUCCCUCCCUCCCUCCCUCUCUCUCUCUCUCUCUCUCUCUCUCUCUCUCUCCCUCCUUCCUGUCUUGGCUCGAGAUCUCCGAGCCAAGCACAGUCUCACAACUCGCUCACCGAGUCCACCAGUUUUGUAGAUCACGAGUGAUAGAUGGCGUCGAGGGAGGGGUUUUUGACGCAGGAGCAGAGGGAGACGUUGAAAGUCGCGUCGCAGAGUGUGGAUAUUUUGUCGAGCUCGCCUAAGUCGCCCUCUGGUUUCAUGUCUGAGCAUCACGCCAAAUCUCCGAGAGGUGGGAUGCCUGGGAUUAAUGUGAAGCAUGUGCGUCGGACUCACUCCGGGAAGCUGGGACGUGCCAAGAAGGAUGGUGCUGGUGGCAAAGGAACGUGGGGUAAACUACUUGACACUGGCUGUGAGUCCCCUAUCGAUCGGAAUGAUCCCAACUAUGACAGUGGAGAGGAACCAUAUCAAUUGGUUGAGUCAACUGUAAGAGAUCCACUGGAUGAAUACAAAAAAGCUGUAGUUUCCCUUAUUGAAGAAUAUUUCAGCACCGGUGAUGUUGAUACGGCGUCUUCUGAUCUGAGAGAACUUGGGUCAAAUGACUAUCAUCCUUACUUCAUCAAGAGGCUAAUAUCUAUUGCUAUGGACAGACAUGACAAGGAGAAGGAGAUGGCAUCUGUUCUGCUUUCAGCUCUAUAUGCUGAUGUCAUCACUCCAACAUCGAUUACCCAAGGUUUUCUGAUGCUUCUUGAUUCUGCUGAUGACCUUGCAGUGGACAUAUUGGAUGCUGUUGAUAUACUUGCUCUCUUUGUUGCUCGUGCUGUAGUUGAUGACAUUCUUCCCCCAGCCUUUGUCACCAAGGCAAAAAAGGGAUUCCCACCGUCAACCAAGGGUCUUCUCGUGCUUGAAACUGCUCAGAAAAGCUAUCUUUCAGCUCCGCACCAUGCGGAAUUGGUUGAACGGAGGUGGGGAGGUAGUACUCAUGUCACAGUUGAUGAAGUGAAGAAAAAGAUUUCAGAUCUGUUAAGAGAAUAUGUUGAAAGUGGUGAUACUUCCGAGGCCUGUAGGUGCAUUCGGCAGCUUGGGGUUGCAUUUUUCCACCACGAAGUUGUAAAAAGGGCAUUGAUACUAGCCAUGGAGACUCGUACAGCAGAACCAGCUAUUUUUAAGCUUUUAGAAGAAGCUGCAGAUGAGGGUCUUAUAAGUUCAAGUCAGAUGCUAAAGGGUUUCGCUCGGUUGGCUGAGAGCCUUGACGAUCUUGCUCUUGAUAUUCCAUGUGCAAAAACUUUGUUCCAGUCACUGGUUCCCCAGGCAGUCACCGGAGGAUGGCUCGAUGCUUCUUUUUUGAAGUCCUUGGAGACUAAUGGAGAAGUACUUGAGAAGGAUUCUGAAAAACUGAAGCUGUACAAGAAAGAGGCUGUUGCAAUCAUCCAUGAAUAUUUUCUUUCAGAUGACAUCCCUGAGCUCAUCCGUAGUCUUGAAGAUCUAAGGGCACCAGAGUUGAACCCAGUUUUCUUGAAGAAGUUGAUAACACUUGCCAUGGACAGAAAGAACAGGGAGAGAGAAAUGGCAUCUGUGUUGCUAUCUGCACUUCAUAUUGAAAUUUUUUCCACCGAUGAUAUUGUCGACGGUUUUGUCAUGCUUCUAGAAUCUGCUGAAGAUACAGCACUUGAUGUGUUAGAUGCUUCAAAUGAAUUGGCCCUUUUUCUAGCACGGUCCGUCAUUGAUGAUGUUCUGGUGCCACUGAACUUGGAAGAAAUUGGCUGCAGACUUCCGCCAAAUUGCAGCGGGAGUGAGACUCUGCACGAGGCAAAAUCACUUUUGGCUGCGCGCCAUGCUGGUGAGAGACUCUUGAGGUGUUGGGGAGGAGGGACAGGCUGGGCUGUGGAGGAUGCGAAAGAUAAGAUAGUUAAGCUUCUGGAGGAAUAUGAAAGUGGUGGUGUUGUAAGUGAAGCCUGUCAGUGCAUCCGUGAUCUUGAUAUGCCCUUCUUCAAUCACGAGGUUGUAAAAAAGGCUUUGGUUAUGGCAAUGGAGAAAAAGAAUGAUAAGUUGCUGGAUCUGUUGCAAGAAUGUUUCAGCGAGGGGUUGAUUACAACUAAUCAAAUGACCAAGGGAUUUACCAGGAUUAGUGACGGACUUGAUGAUCUCGCCCUGGACAUUCCAAAUGCAAAGGAUAAGUUCAAAUUCUAUGCUGAGUAUGCCCAGGAGAAAGGGUGGCUCCUUCCAUCAUUCGGUUCACCGAGUGCAGAUGGUCCUUUCAUCCCAGCUGCAACAACUUCUUGAAAACACACCACCUGAGUAUAAGUUUUUUUCUUUGUAUUAGAAGUGUGGUGGAAGUUGCUUCUCUAUAUACAAUGCUCCUCUUUUUUUUUCAACUUAUUAUUUUCCGUUACUUCUCUUUUACUGGUGAUGUAGAUAUCUGUGUUUUUAAAACAGAUUUAAUCAGUGUAUGGCUUUUGCUUAGAAAAUAUAAACUCCUAUAUGCUUAUUAUCUA